AUUCCAGUCAUACACGAACGGCGGCAAGGAUCUCGUCAUAGCAUCUAACGUCAAGGUCGGUCCUUCCGUCUGCAAGGACAUUGAAAAGACACGCCAUGGCGGCGUCCCUGGCACAUUCGUACCUCGCUUCUUGCGCACACUUUGCUGCUCUCAUACACUAACGCCGGAGCGGGCAUCGCUAUCCCCUCGAGCGGCAGCACACUGAUGGAUGGUCAGGAGAAGGGUCUCGCGCGCACGCCUUCGCGAGGAACGGAAGAUUCGUCAGCUACAGUUGCGAGUGCAGGAGAUGUGGGGGGACUGCAGCGCAUCGUGUCUCGCGCGCGGAGCGGCUCGGCGCUGCCAGACGACCCGGUGGAGAAGAAGGAGCGCCUGAGCGACGAUGACUGGGAAGACAACCCGGCCAAUCCGCGCAACUGGAGUAACGGGAAGAAGUGGACCGCUGUUGGCAUCGUCUCGUUCUAUACAUUCAUCCCUCCGCUCACCUCGUCUAUGAUGGCUCCUGGCAUGCAAGAGAUUGCAUUGAAAUAUAGCAUCACGAACUCCACCGUCCUCGCUCUUACACUGAGUAUCUUCGUCCUCGCACUUGCCAUUGGGCCACUUGUCCUCGGCCCUCUAUCAGAGAUCUACGGCCGUACAUGGGUUCUACAUAUCGCGAACCUGGUAUCUCUAGCAUUUAACCUAGGCUGCGCUUUCGCCCCUGCCACAGGAUCCUUCAUUGGCCUGCGAUUCCUGAGUGGUCUAGCGGGUUCCGCCCCAAUAGCCAUCGGCGGCGGCUCCAUCAGCGACCUCUUCAGCGACCGCGACCGCGGCGGCGCCAUGGGCGCAUUCUCCAUGGGCCCCCUCAUCGGCCCCGUCGUCGGCCCCAUCGCCGGCGGCUUCAUCGCACAGACUGUCGGCGUCAAAUGGGUCUUCAUCGUCAUCGCCUGCCUCAACGGCGUCGCCUCCGCUGUCGGCAUCCCCCUCCUGCGCGAGACCUACCACCCGAUCCUCCGCAAGCGUAUAGCGAAGCGGAAUGGGGACGUCGAGCGAUUGAGGGUGGAUCCGGUGGUGGAGGAGGCGGGGAUGAGCAAGAUCGAGAUCAUCUGGGUUAACAUCCAGCGUCCGAUCAUGCUGCUGUUCGGGGAUAUCAUCUGCUUCUUGCUCAGUCUUUACAUGGCUUUCGUAUAUGGGAUUUUCUACCUAAUGUUUGCGACGUUUUCGGCGUUCUUCUCCACGACCUACGGAUUCAAGGCCGGCGUCGGUGGCUUGGUGUACAUUGGCAUCGGCAUCGGCUCCCUCGUCGCCGUCGUCAUCGGCGCGAAGGUUGGCGACAGGAUAUACUGGGGUCUUUCGGCGAAGUAUAACAAUGGGAUUGGGAAGCCGGAAUAUCGUGUACCGUCUCUGGUUCUUGGGUCGAUGGUCAUACCAAUCGGGCUAUUCUGGUAUGGCUGGUCGGCUGAGGCAGCUACCCACUGGAUCGUGCCCAUUCUUGGCACUGCUGUCUACGCUUUCGGUCAAAUGUUGACCUUCCUGCCCAUUCAACUAUACUUGGUCGAUACAUUCACCUACGCGGCUAGUGCGGUCGCCGCUGCCACCUUCUUCCGCUCCAUGUUCGGCUUCGCCUUCCCCCUGUUCGCGCAGGAGAUGUUCGACACGCUUGGAAUGGGAGGCGGUCUGUCCUUGCUAGCCGGUUUGAGUAUCGUGCUCGGCAUACCCUUCCCCAUCUUCCUGUGGUUCAAGGGCGAGUCCAUUCGGGCGAAGAGUCGGUUCGCGAAGGCGAGCGUGAAGGCCUAGGUCAUGAUGACGACGUUGGCGAUGGUAUAUCGGUCGUAGAGUAUGUAGCGCCGCGGCUUGCGGCUUUUGGGUUCUCAUGGAGGGUAAAAUAUUGGUAUGCUCUGCGUGGACUGCAACAAGCGCCUCGUAUUAUAGUCGAGCUAUACUGUAAUUGCAAUGGAUAUACCACGCGUCAAGGAGGACUUUCGUACACUUUGUAUCUACGAGAAUUUUUGAGAG